UCGGGAAGGCAGGCAGGAGAAAUAAAGGUAUCGCUGUGAGGAGCUCGCGCUGCAGUUCUGGCAGCUUCAGCCUCAUUUCUAAGCGGAGUGUGUGUGUUUUCUUUUUAUAUUUUGCCUCCUGGUGCAUCAUGGCGUACGCAGCGUACUGGCUUCAAAAGCAAAAAAAAGUUCUUCCUCCCAAGCUUGACAACCAUGAGGGCCAUAGUACCAAGACUCCAUUCUACACUGCACCGCCCUACUAUCGCAAGUCGCAGCCCGGCCAGGCCACACCCAAACCGGCAGCUCAGGUCUCCACCGUGAAGCCUGCACAAUUCGAGACUUCAUCCUCAGGAAGUGCCAUGGCUACAAAGCCUGGAGAGGUUACCGCGGCGACAGGUGGAUCCGCCGGCCGUGGCGUGACGGUGGGAGGAAGCGCCACAGCUGGAGCGGAGACGGCGCCUGUGUCCCAAGUCAAAGCUCCAACCGCGGUUCCUUCUGCUCUCAGUGGAACAUCUGGGAGAACCACUGCUUCUGGCACCACAGUGGCACAAACUAAAGGGUCUCCCCAACUCUCCGCUAAGAGCUUGCUUGCUGGCACUACAGUCAAAGCCGAUGCGAAUAAAGCUAAAACUCCUUUAACAUCCGCAUCUCUGUUGGAGAAGAAAGACAAAGCGACACCAACGCAAACAAAGGUGCAGGUGGAGGUUCCUUCUGCAGCAGCUGGAGGCAAACAGGCGCCUGACGCGGAUCCUUUCGAUGCCUUGGCCAACAUCCUCCCCUCAGCCGACACUGUCGUACGCCCGGAGCCUGUAUACACAGGGCCGGAGGUCAAAGAGAGCGGCGUCACAUCCGAGGAGGCUGUGCGUUGUGGAGAGAGGGAGGAUACGCUGCCUCCGGGCUACAGAUUGGGAGAUAUGGGCCCACCUCCUGCAGAUUGGAAGCCCCAGGAAGUUCCGAAACCACUGAGCACAGACGAGGCCCUGGACUCUCUUUCAGCCGGUUUCAUGUCGUCCUCUGCCCCGCCUGGACCCCCCCAGCCUAAGGAAAAUGUCGAGAGUGCCUGCACUGUCUCCACUGGUCCAACUAACUAUUCCAACCCUCCCGCUGAUAAGAAGCCGAAGAUCGAGAAGGCCUCUGGGAAUUUAGCUGGAAUCACAGCCACUCCGUUCAAGAAAACUCCACCUACCGAAAAGAAAAUCAAGAAUCCCUCUGUGUCUCUGGAUGCUGUCAGCGCUCUUAGUGACUUGUUGCCAGCAGAUGUCCCAAAACCUGAAUCUCCUAAACUCAGACCUGAAGACAUGGUGUCGGAGGACAAACACAAGGAGAAGGACGCCGUGCUUGUAGGAGAGCGAGACGACACAAUCCACCCAGACUACAGGUUUAAGAAAGAAGACCUCGAGAAGCUGCCAGCUCCAAAACCCGAGCCCACCAUGGGUACAGGUGAGGCUCUGGAUAUUUUGUCUGGAGACUUUGCGGCCUCCUUAGCGGUUCCUGCUGUCUGCACGCCUGCUCCUCCUGUACAGAAAGUUCAGACUCCUGCGGCUGGUGACUUCUCUCUGGAGGCUGGACUUACGUCUACUACUGCCAAGAAAGUGGAAUCGUCCGCACUUCCUCCUGCAAAAACCCCAGCAGGCAGCAAGGCCACGGGUGGAUCCAUGUCUCAGGGUGCUCUCAGUGCUCUUGGAGACCUGCUCCCUGCAGACGUGCCAAAACCCAAAGAGCCUGAACUCAGACCCGAGGACAUCGUCUCAGAGCCCAAAAACAAGGAGGAGGAGGCUGUGCGUGUUGGAGAAAGGGAAGACUCCAUUCAUCCAAACUACAGGUACACUGUGGAAGACAUGAGCAAGCUGCCUGCUCCAAAACCUGAGCCGACCAUUUCCACCGGGGACGCUCUGGACAUUUUGUCUGGAGACUUUGUGACUCCUGCUGUCCAGGCUCCUGUCGUCAGCUCCUCAGCUCCUUCUGCAAAGGUCACUGUGGAGGAUUUGUCAGCCUUGGAUGUGCUCUCUGGUGAUUUUGUGACCUCAAGUAAAGCUUCUCCAGCUCAAGCGCCUCUCCCUUCUUCUGCCAAGACCCCAAAGGGAGACUCUCUGUCUUUUGAUGCUCUCGACGCUCUGAGCGACACUUUGCCAGCAGAUGUACCAAAACCAGAAUCCCCCAAGCUCAGACCUGAAGACAUGGUCUCGGAGAAGAAACUUAAAGAGGAGGAUGCUGUACUCGUGGGAGAGAGGGACGACACCAUUCCUCCAGAAUACAGGUUUAACAAAGAAGACUUGGAGAAACUGCCUGCUCCAAAACCCGAGCCCACCAUGGCCACCGGUGAGGCUCUGGACAUUUUGUCUGGUGACUUUGCGACGUCUAAAGCGGCUCCUACUAUUCAGGUGCCUGUUGUCUGCUCCACGGCGCCUCCUACACAGUCCUCUGCAGACCUUGCUCUGGAUGCCUUGGCCGGGGACUUCGUGACCCCCAGUGCUGCUGUAAAGGUGGAGUCAGCCUCCGGCCUCCCUGGAGACGCUAACCUGGAGCUUGCAGCAGGAGCAGAUGGUGCACUCGAUGCUCUGUCGGACACCUUGAAGGAUAUCAAACCCACCCCUCAGCCUGAGCCGGCGCUUCCCAAGAACAUCGUGGAUGAGAAGAAGGCUGUUGAGGAGAGGCUAAUCAAGAUGGGAGAGAGAGACGACACGCUGCCGCCUGAGUACCGGCCCACUGAGGAAGACCUCAAGAAAAUGGCCGAAGCUGCAGAAAAAGAAGCUGCAAAACCCAAACCGACGCUGGAUGACAAAACAGCCUUGGAUCUGCUGUCCAAGGACUUCUCUGCUGCUCCCAACCCUCCUGCUUCCACCACUUCGAGUGCAGUCACAACAAAGCUGGAAUCAGACCCUCAGAAGUCCAUGGCUGGACCUGUUCUGCAAAGCCUGUCCGACACACUGCUCCCAGAUGCCCCAGAGUUCAAAUCCAAAUCGGACAAACCAAAGGGCAAGAGCAAGUCAAAGUCAAAGUCUAAAAAACAUGCGGAGGAGCCGUCUGCCGCUGACCUCCCAGCUCAGCCAAGCACAGAUGUUGUGUCUACAUCCACAAAGAAAGGAGGCAAGAGAUAGAGGACUUGGUUUUCGGUGCGAUUCGUCCUCCAGGCCCCAGGGAGGCAUGAAGAGGGGAGAAGGCUCUCUGGAUAAUGAAUCUAUUUUUCUAAAUCACCAAGAAUGUAUCGUGGAUGAAUGACAAACCUACAAAUACCCGUAACACUUGCUUUUCGCACACAUACACACACACAUACACAAACACACACACACACACACACACGAGUGCACCUGCAUACGCAGCCUUCCUUGCUAGGUUUCGUAUUCAAAGACGAGGAGGUCUUUGAAGAAAACGAGAGAGACUUUUCAAACCUUAUUAUCGGUGCCAUGAAUGAGUGAUGACCAGAUGCAGAAAGAAGGGAUGAUUGGGGGGAAAACGGGCGCCGGGAGUCGCGCGUGUCCACCCCGGCUGACUCUCUCCACUCUUCCAGCGACACACUAACGUCACCUGACGUUUGUUGGCGCAGUGGCGACAGUCAGCUCGCGUGGAAGCCGUGCAGCGGAGGAUGAGGAGGUGUGUGGAAUCGGGAUGUCUGUGCAAUCUUGACGUACACAGAAAAGCCAAGUUUUCUAACACGAUAUGGUCAGAAGCCAUUAGGACACUAGUGUACAGCUUAGUUUGCGUCUCUCCUCUUUUUUUUUUUUUUUUUUUUUUUUGGACAAUACAUAGUUUUCAUUAUUAAAUUUGUGGAGGAUCACGUGGAGGUGUUCUGCUUGUUUUGGCAUUUGAUUUUCUUUAUGCAGAAAUAUGUCAAGAGGAGGGUCUUCUGUGUUUGUCCUUCCAGGACGUAAAAAAAAAAAAAAACUAUAUAUAUUAAUGGCGUUCAGAAGUGCACUUAACGAACCAAAGUGUUUACAAUCUUUGUAAACUGCCACUGUUUGUAUACUGUAGAAGGUCUUUGCUCGAUAUAAAACUACACUGUAUAAUUUACAAAGGGCUAUCGCUUCUAGUGCAAAGUCAAAAGCCGCCAUGAUUUCCCUGAAGUUUUUUUUAUUCAUGUCAAAGAUUUUAUGUGGGUGUGAAUCAGCUGAAAGAUACUGUAGAGGUCGGCGUGUGAAACGCAUCUGGUUCUCCUGUGUGCCUAAAGAAAAGCAAGGAAAAUGCAAAAAAAAAAAAAAAAAAAUCAUCUUUAACAAAACUAUUGCCGCGUCUUGAAGUGCAAGAGAAACACGUACGUAUUAAACCGAGUG